AUGAGCUCACUCUCCUCCCUGGCUUGGCUGACGUUGCCCAUCCUUGCAAACGCUGCCUUCGGCCCCAUCGCUGAUAUCCAUGUAGUGAACAGCGACAUCGCCCCAGAUGGCUUCCAACGACCGGCCGUACUUGUCGAGGGGACCUACCCCGCGCCUCUGAUCGCAGGAAAUAAGGGUGAUCAUUUCCAACUCAACGUCAUCAAUGAAUUGUACGACACGACCAUGAAUACCGACACGAGUAUUCAUUGGCACGGCAUUCUCCACCACUCAACAAACUACGCAGAUGGAGCGGCCAUGGUCACACAGUGUCCUAUCGUGCCAAACGAGUCCUUUUUGUAUGACUUCCACGUUCCGGACCAAGCCGGUACAUAUUGGUACCACUCGCACCUUCACGCCCAGUAUUGUGAUGGAUUACGUGGGCCCUUCAUUGUCUACGAUCCGGAAGAUCCUCACAAGGACUUGUAUGAUGUCGAUGACGAAUCCACCAUCCUCACCAUUGGUGACUGGUACCAUACUCCUUCGACUGAAGCAAGCGUACCCGUAGCCGAUUCUACUCUCUUCAAUGGUAUCGGUCGCUAUGCUGGUGGCCCUCAGGUACCGCUCUAUGUUUUCAACGUCGAAUUCGGUAAACGCUACCGACUUCGCCUCAUCAACAUCGGAUGCGACCCUUACUACAACUUCACCAUUGCUGGCCACAAUUUCACAAUCAUUGAAGCAGACGGAGAAAAUACUAGACCUCAUAAAGUCGAUUUCAUCCAAAUCCUUGCUGGCCAGCGCUAUUCCAUUAUUCUUGACGCUAACCAGGAAAUCGACAACUACUGGAUCCGCGCCAAUCCCAAUCCAGACUCUGGGAUUCCUGGCUUCGUUGAUGGGAUAAACUCGGCGAUCUUGCGCUAUCAGGGAGCUCCAGAUGCUGAACCAACGCAAGGCGAAGUCGUGCCCGCUAAACCUCUCCACGAGACCCGUCUACACGCUUUGGAAAACCCAAGCGCGCCUGGAAUCCACGUCCCAGGGGCUGCCGACAUCAACAUCCAACUCGACUUCGGCUUAGACUUCGCGAACGGUGUCUUCACCGUGAAUGGACUGCCGUUUGCAUCUCCAGAUGUGCCGGUGCUGCUGCAGAUAUUGUCUGGCGCCCAAACAGCUCAGGACAUCCUUCCACCAGGCUCUGUCUUCACCUUGGAACCAAACAAGGUUGUCGAAUUAACCUUGACACCGCUGGCACUUGGCGGCCCCCACCCCAUCCAUCUCCACGGCCAUACUUUCUCAGUCGUGAAAAGCGCUGGGAGCAAUUCAUGGAACUGGCACAAUCCGGUGCGCAGGGAUACCGUGAUGCUCGGAGUAGAAGACGGCGACAACGUAGUCAUCCGUUUCGUCACAGAUAAUCCUGGACCAUGGCACCACUCUACCGCAAUCAGCCACAUCGACUGGCACCUUGAAAUUGGCUUUGCAGCAGUAUUCGCCGAAGACCCUCUAGGCACGGCGGCAGCUAAUCCCGUUACGCCUGAAUGGUCUGAUCUCUGCCCGUUGUACAACGCAACGCAAUCUCGGACCCCUGCACUGUUGAAGACGCUUGCGAAGAGCCCAAGUCAUAGGAUCCUCCCAGUUCAUUUGCGGCGCUGA